AUGAACAUCAGCAUCAGCAUUAAUAAUACAAGGACAUUGCUGCAGAAACUGUUAAGAAGAGAACAAGUGAGAAACCUGAGGUUCGAGAUCGAGAUGCUGCAAGAGAGGCUGCUCUUCGGUACGUUCUUUGCAUUGUGCAGUGAAAUUAAGGAGAAGAUUAAGAAAACUAAAAAUGAAAACAAGGCAGAGGUAAUGGCCAAGUCACAGAAGAAAAGAGUCAACUUGCCACAGGGUGCUGCCUGCACCCAAGGGCCCCAAGGCUGGUGGGGGUGGGGCUAA